AUGUUCUAUUCAGAUCCUAAUCAAGAUGCACGUGGCCGCUUAAAAAAUUGGUGGGGAAGGAUGCCUGCUUUUACAAGACUUAUUCUUUAUUUUUCAGCAGGAGUUUAUCUCUUAAUCCUCCAAUUAUAAUAGUAAACAAAACUUUGUGAUUUUUUCCCAAAAAUUUAUUAAAACAAGAUUAUAUUUAAGCUCCUUUAUACAAAUGUCCUUUUUCUCCAUAAAUGUCUUUUCUAAAUUAAAAAUUAUUAAAAAUUUUAUAUCCUAUUAAAGUAUGUUUCUAAUAAUAAUAAUAUUUGGGUUAGUGCUGUUUCACUUACACAUUGACCACUCUUUGAUAUCUACUCCUCAUCUCACAGUCAAAAGCACUCAGCUGUGGCGCUUGUUUACAUUUACAUAUGCUAGUACUAAAAUCUUGCUUUUCGCUAUAGAGAUGAUAGCCUAUCUAUGACUAUCCUGUAAGACUGAGCGUAAGUAUGGAACAGUAAAAUAUUUCAUAUAUUUUUCACUAAACAGCUGCCUUAUUGGCUUAUCAAUUUCACUUAUUUUUAGCAUAAUAUCUUAUAUUCCUAUAUAUUAUCUGCAAAGACUAUCAAGCUAUCAUAUAGCUGGCGUAUGGCAUAUGAUUAUAUUUGAGACAGUAAUCAGCUGCAGCAAAGACCCAGACUCAAAUUCCCAAUUCUUAUCUAUCCCAAUUCAGAUAAAAUCAAAAUAUUUCCCAUUCGUAAUGACUGCCGCUUUAUCUUGGCUUGGAGUUCUUUGGGAAUUAAUUUUUGGGUUGAUUUUUGGAUAUUUAUGUAACAAAUAUUUAGAUGUAUAUGGCUUUUUAAAUUUCACUUUAAUUUCUGAUGAGCUUGCAACUAGGCUUGAAAGCUCUGCUCUGUUCAUUGGAAUAAAGAAAAUUCCAAAUUUUGUUGAAGUUGCUAUGGCUGGAGAAGAAGAGCUGCCGAUUUUUAAGCAGAGCACCCAAUUAGCUUAUUCUCAAAUUAAUCUUCAACAAACUGCACCUUCUGCUCCAUCUUUAGUGCAAAUUUCUGAACAAGGCUACAUAUUAGGCAAAGAUGAGCAGGAUCAAGAAAAAUCUUUUGAUAAGGAAAAUAUCAUACAGUUUCAAGAAGAAAGUAUUAAAGAAAAAGAAUUAAUAUAA